CACACUGCAGAGAAACAAUAUAUAUGUAAGGAAUGUGGGAAAGCCUUUGCGAAAGCCUCAAAUCUUAGUGUACAUAGGAGAAUUCACACAGGAGAGAAACCGUAUAAAUGUAAGGAAUGUGGGAAGGCCUUUGCUCAAUCCUCAAGCCUUGGUGUACAUAGGAGAAUUCACACUGGAGAGAAACCGUAUACAUGUAAGGAAUGUGGGAAGGCCUUUGCUGGAGCCUCAGGACUUAUUGCACAUAGGAGAAUUCACACUGGAGUGAAACCAUAUAUGUGUAAGGAAUGUGGAAAGGCCUUUGCUUUGGCCUCAAGACUUAGUGAACAUUGGAAAAUCCACACUGGAGAGAGACCCUAUGUUUGUAAGGAAUGUGGAAAGGCCUUUAUUUUGGCCUCAAAACUUAGUGUACAUAGGAGAAUUCACACUGGAGAGAAACUGAGAAUUCACACUGGAGAGAAACCGUAUAUAUGUAAGGAAUGUGGGAAGGCCUUUGCUGGAGCCUCAAAACUUACUGUACAUAGGAGAAUUCACACUGGAGAGAAACCGUAUAUAUGUAAGGAAUGUGGAAAGGCCUUUGCUACAGCCUCAAGCCUUAAUGUACAUAGGAGAAUUCACACUGGAGAGAAACCGUAUAUAUGUAAUGAAUGUGGAAAGGCCUUUGCUUUGGCCUCAAGACUUAGUGAACAUUGGAAAAUUCACACUGGAGAGAGACCCUAUGUUUGUAAGGAAUGUGGAAAGGCCUUUAUUUUGGCCUCAAGACUUAGUGUACAUAGGAGAAUUCACACUGGAGAGAAACCGUAUAUAUGUAAGGAAUGUGGGAAGUCCUUUGCUGAUGCCUCAAGCCUUAGUGUACAUAGGAGAAUUCACACUGGAGAGAAACCGUAUAUAUGUAAGGAAUGUGGGAAGGCCUUUGCUAAAUCCUCAAGCCUUACUAUACAUAGGAGAAUUCACACUGGAGAGAAACCGUAUAUAUGUAAGGAAUGUGGGAAGUCCUUUGCUGAUGCCUCAAGCCUUAGUGUACAUAGGAGAAUUCACACUGGAGAGAAACCGUAUAUAUGUAAG